CAUUAACGCCACCAGGCGCCAACGACCCCUUUCGUAUAGAGUCGUCCUGCCCUUUGGGUCCCUCGACGAGUCCGUCAAAACCAUUUUAAAUUAGAAAACAAGAAAUCUAAAACCUUCCAACUCUCCCCCCACCCCUUGCCAUUCCAGUCUAACCUUCCUUCUCUUGCUCUGCGUCUCUCUGCCCCAUCCCUUGAAACCCUAACCCAAAAUUACUUUCUUUCGGUUCAUUCGUCAAUCAUGGAAGCUUCAACUGCUCUCUCACGCAUCGGCCUUGCAGGCCUAGCUGUGAUGGGCCAAAACCUUGCCCUCAACAUCGCUGAGAAAGGCUUCCCCAUCUCUGUCUACAACCGAACCACCUCCAAAGUCGACGAAACCCUGGAGAGAGCCAAGGAAGAAGGUAACCUCCCCCUCACUGGUCACUACUCGCCUCGUGACUUCGUCCUCUCACUUCAACGCCCCCGGUCGGUCAUUAUCCUCGUCAAGGCCGGAUCCCCUGUCGAUCAGACCAUCGGAGCUCUCUCCCAAUUCAUGGAUCCCGGCGACUGCAUCAUUGACGGUGGCAACGAGUGGUACGAGAAUACUGAGCGCCGAAUGCGCGAAGUCGCCGAUAAAGGUAUUCUCUAUCUGGGUAUGGGCGUUUCGGGCGGCGAAGAGGGCGCCCGUCAUGGUCCUUCCCUCAUGCCCGGAGGUUCAUACCAAGCCUACUCCAACAUCGAGGACAUCGUUAAGAAGGUCGCCGCACAGGUUGAAGAUGGCCACUGUGUGACGUACAUAGGUGAAGGUGGAUCCGGGAAUUUCGUCAAGAUGGUUCAUAAUGGUAUCGAGUACGGUGAUAUGCAGCUGAUAUCAGAAGCGUAUGAUGUUUUGAAAGUUGUCGGCGGGUUGUCCAAUGCUGAAUUGGCGAAUAUUUUUUCUGACUGGAACAAGGGGGAGCUCGAGAGUUUCUUGAUUGAGAUAACCGCCGAUAUAUUCAAGGUCAAGGACGAAUGCGGAGAAGGUCAGUUGGUGGAUAAGAUUUUGGAUAAAACGGGGAUGAAGGGAACUGGGAAAUGGACGGUUCAGCAGGCAGCAGAGUUGAUGGUUGCUGCGCCCACAAUCGCUGCCUCAUUGGACUGCAGAUACUUGAGUGGGUUGAAGGAAGAGAGAGAAGCUGCCUCCGAGGUUUUGAAGGAGGCUGGCAUGCGGGAGGAUGCAGGAACAGUGAGGAAUGGAAUCGAUAAGAAGAGGUUGAUUGAUGAUGUGAGGCAGGCAUUGUAUGCUUCGAAGAUUUGUAGCUAUGCACAAGGGAUGAAUUUGUUGAGAGCAAAGAGUGUCGAGAAGGGCUGGAAUCUGAACUUGGGUGAAUUAGCAAGGAUUUGGAAAGGUGGGUGCAUUAUAAGGGCUGUGUUCUUGGACAGGAUCAAGAAAGCAUACCAGCGAAAUCCUCAUUUGGCAAAUUUGCUCGUUGAUCCUGAGUUUGCGAGAGAGAUAGUGCAGAGGCAGGCAGCUUGGAGGAGGGUUGUAGGUUUGGCAAUUGCAGCAGGGAUUAGCACUCCAGGGAUGUCUGCCAGUCUUUCCUACUUUGACACAUACAGGCGGGCAAGGCUGCCUGCGAACCUUGUCCAGGCACAAAGGGACUUGUUUGGGGCUCAUACUUAUGAACGUAUUGAUCGUCCAGGAUCAUACCAUACCGAGUGGACAAAACUUUCCAGACAAAAUACGGCUAGCAUCGGUGCUUUUAACUGAGCUCUGCUCUUGCAUGUUCACUAGAUUAUGAGUUUGGAAUUGAGUUGAUGUUGUUUCUAUAGGAAUCAUCAGGGUAGGCAUGUCUCACCAUAGUUUCUUUGCUUGGGCUUCUCAAUUAUUGUUUUGCCUUGCAGUAUCUGAUGUUAAUAAUUGGUGCAUCUACCUUCUGAGCAUUAGCAGUUAGAAUAUGUUAAUGAGAAAUUGAAAGCAUGAAUUUUCUCUCAGCAGUAGAGAAAUUUGUUAGAUGUUGCUACUAGUCCUUUUCUUCCUUGCUCUUACAAUUCUGAUAGAUAUGUCAAUUUGUUCCCAUUUUCCCUCAGACAUUCUUUUCCCAUUUUGACCGUGAUGGGUGAUCUUUUUGGUUCAAAUCAUGGUUGUUGAUUAAUCAAAUUUGUAGUUCAAAGGGAGUCUAUAGUGAAGGAAGAAUGUUUCUUCUA